AUGUAUUCAUCAAAAAGUGAAGAUUUUAUUCAAAGCCCUUCCAGUCAAACAGAAAAUUAUAUUACAACAGAUUUUCUAAAACACUGUUUAGAAGAACAAUUGGUGGCAAUAACUGCUGAAUUUAAUAAAAACACAGCAGAAACAAAAAAACAGUUUUUGGAAAUAUUGGAAAAACUAAAGCAAAGUGAAGAAAAAAUCACAGCUUUGGAAUUCGAAAGCAGAGCAAACAAAGAACAAAAUGAGCAGCUGUAUAAUCAAAUGAGACAAAUAGAAGGAAAACUAGGAGAUUUGGAAGAUCGUUUAAGAAGAAACAAUCUAAGAAUAAGAAAUGUUCCAGAAGCAAUUACACAAGAUAAAAUACCUGAGUAUUUGGAUACUUUAUGGGCAACACUCAAUAUAGAAGUGUCAAUUCUAAAUACCAAAAUGGAACGAUACCAUCGUUUAAGCAAACCUAGUUCGGUUUCUCAACAACUACCGAGAGAUAUAAUAAUUAAUUUUCAGUCCCAUCAAUUUAAGGAAGCUAUACUAUAUGCAGCUCGAACAAAUCAGUCUAAUAGAGAAAAGCUUGGUGAUAUUAAGAUUUUUCAAGAUUUUCUUUCUACACCAGACAACAAAGAAAGAAAUUUAUGA